AGGGUGGGCGCUUAUCAAACCACUCCAAAACUCGCUUCGACCGAGAGGGAUGGCGAAAGAUUGCCUCGCGGCGCCCCGUUACAGACGCUGGUAGUAGUCGAGCUGCGCCGAUUGUCACCACCAACUCUGGUGGUGGUUGUUUUUGUGGUGGUGGUGGUGGUGGUGACCGUGUGCACGAGACCGGUUCGGAAUUCAAUACCCCGUCAUCGACCGUGAAUUAAUCAGCCCGCUGUGGUUCGCGGAGGAAUUCGGGCGAGCAGCAGCAACAGCAGAAGCAACAGAAGCAACCAUUGCAGCGUGAGUGAGAGACUGCGAGCGUACUACAUACAAACACACGUACAAAACCGGACAGAAUGUCUCGAGCUCGCGAUACCUGCGACCAUAGACCGGGCGCUACUCUGCUGCUGAGUGAGUGGUGCGCACAUCGUGGUUAACCCUCCGUGGUUUUGGCCUCUGGUCGCGGUUAGUAGUACCUUAAGUGGUUGGCGCAAGGUUCUUCUUCGACUCGGUUCGUGUGUGUGUGUGCGUAGUGGCAACUUCGUACGGGGCCAGUACCGAUCACAGAUGAUCAUUCGCAGAAGCGUAUCCCUCGGUAGAAGCUGCAACCCUUUAGAAGGUGCCAUCAACCGUCAGUCGCUGUGGCCCCGUUGAGGUGUGGUCAGUGCUCUCUCUCUCUCCCUCUCUCUUUCUCCUAUGGCACCGUGUGCUGUGAGGGGCUCUCCAGGUGUGUGCGUUCGUGUUACGUAAGAGUGUUGAUCCAGUUCCCGACUUCCAAAACAAACCUCGAAGCCCGUGCAUGGCCUUGUGGCCAGGGGUUGCUUUUCACUCUCGUGUGGUCGUCGUCGUCGCCGUCAUCGUCGUCACUGCUGGAACACGUCACAUGUCGUCGCAGUGUCGAUUGCACACCGUCGCAGCCCAACACCGGUAAUUAGGUCUGGCACGAUUUGUGAGGCUCACCUAUUAACGCCCCGAAGUUGCUUCUGGAGUUGUGUCGACCCCCUGGUACCGGUGCUGCUCUCCGGGUAUAGUGUGUGGUUCGGUGGCGUACGAAGUGUCCAACGGAGGCAGAAACAAGCCGAUACACGACGAGGCCGUGCUCAGUAGUGACGGUGCUGCAGGGUACGCGUGACAUGAGUAACGUACCUUGCGCUUCGUCGGUUGUGUGAUGACUCAGUGUUCGUUGGUGGUGGUUGUGAUUGAAUAGCACGCUUCGCUGACUUCCUUUUACCGAUUCUACUGCUGUUGCCGCUGUGACCCCGGGGUAUUCUGUUGUGGUGACCCUCCGGUUGGAUCGGCACGUCACCGACCGGAGUACUCGUUCGACAUUCCGUUCGGCAGCCAGUUGCGCCAUGUGGCCGUACUAUCGGCGAGUGUUGCCUCUGGCAAUGGCUCUAGUGCUCUCGGUUGCAGUGUCUAGGUAUGAUGCCACCAUCAGCAACACAAGUACCGGUGCAGCAGUGCGUGAGAAUUCACUGCCGACACUGGGGCAGGAGGAACCCUCGGCCAAUAUCGGACCGUCACCUACCGCCAGCAGUACCGUGUCGAUGACGAAUGUAAAUGAAAGUGAUACUACGAUAAGGACUACAACAGUCAACGCUAGUGAACCUGUGCUUGUAGCAGAAACGGUAGCUACCGAUACACCCUCAACAGUAGUGACUGAAUUGAUAACAGUACCGUCAACCACUCAGCUACCUUCUUCCACACCUACAAUGCCAUCAACGACGACGGCAACCACGAGCACGACAACGCCCGAUGCACCACAUUCUGGAGGCCGGGAACUACCAUCGAAUUGCUCGGAAUUCAAUGCCUCCCCGAUUAAGCUGAUGUACACCGAAAAGGCGCGAAUGAUGAAGUGUUGCCCACCAGGGCAGAUGAUUCAACCGCAGAGCGACUUCCGCUUCGAGUGCGUAACCGGUACGCAGGACCUGAAGAUUGAAACGAUCGAGGCGCACUUCUACGGCAACAACGAGUGUAUCGAGGUGAGCGAGAAGAAGAUCACACUCCCGGUCGUAUCGGAGGAUCGGUGCGGCCGUGGUGGUCGGAAUGCGCUGAUGUACAGUGCGGAACAGGGCGAUGAGCUGUACGUGCUGCAGAAUGGUUCACUGUUGGUGCUGGAGCUCGGUUCGCUGGUGUCGGUAUUCGAGAGCUACUGCGUCGAGAUGACCACCGACGAUCAGCUGGUGGCGAAGGUGUGCGAAGAGGAACCCGGGGAAUCGAGGGCGGCCUACGUGCCAGUGUUCAUCUGGAUCGGUAUAUCGGUGGCGUCGUUUGUCCUGAUCGGCACCACGCUUAGCUACACGUUCGUACCGAAGCUGAACGACACGUUCGGUUGUCUUAUCGCGUGCCAUGCCGGUUGUUUGGCCAUCGGUACGGUCAGCGUUGGGUUGGCCCGGUGUGACGAUCACUGUAUAGCGCGCGAUACGCUGGGAAUCGCCGAACUGUUUGCCAAUGCAUUCCUCGGUACCGCGGUGUUCGCUUUCUUUCUGAUGAAUGUACUCAACACGGUCUACGUGGCGUACUACAUCCCGAAUGGGCUCGAGUAUGAUAGCAAGAACAAGCGGGAUAUGUACGUGUUUCUGGCCGUACUGUACACCAUCAGCUUGGUGCCAUUGGUGCUGCUGCCGAAAGGCGGUCUCGUAUCGAUCGUGUUCAUCUAUUACGGUUGUAUUGCCGUGGCGCUGGCACUCUCUGCCUACUAUACACGCCGGCUGACCUCGGGUAUCUAUCUGCAUAUCAACGAUACGGUCAGUGGUCAAACGAAAAUUAAUCAUGUGCGAUUGAAUGACAUAAGCAAGCAGACUCGCCUUUGCCGUAUGUACGCGAGCUUCACGCUGGUCUGCUGGAUUGUCUUCACCGUGCUGAUGCUCACGACCAACAUGACCGACUUCCCGCGGAUCGUCACCGUCUACAGCAUCGUGGUGCAGGGUCUGUUUACCGGCGUGGUGUUUGUCGCGGGCAGCCAGAAGUGGACGAUCAUACGCGAGUGCUGGAGUAACUCCGGGUCGGCCGAUUUGCGCGUACUGGAGAAUGGGUUCGAGAUGCGACCACUAGGGACCGGCAAUCGUCGCACUCCUCGAAUCGCUGACGACGGCGACAAUGGCGGUACGGUAUCGUAGACCAAAGAUCGUCACUUCACCGUCCACCUCCGCCAUACGCUUUCAUGUGUCUGUGAUGUGCCCGUGCGUGUGCUGGGCAUGCCGGACGCCGGCGAGAGCGAGUCUCAUAUGGACGUACACAUCCACAAUGUCGCCGCCAAGUGUUACCGGAAGAUGUUCGCACAACAAACAAAGACAAAACCUGCACAGUAUUGUUCUGUCCUGUGUACCGUGUGCCAAAUGUAUGUAAAACGGGUUUAGAGAGCUGGUCCGAGAAGCGACCAAUAGGGUGCUUUCUCAUACGUCAGACAAACCCGAGCCAGCAGCAGCUAGUGUGUAAUUGUGAAUUCGAAUUCAAAUAGUCAUGCAAAUAGUCGAAUAAGUUAUUAAGUCACAUGGAGAAUUAAUAAAGAAAGUAACAUGAAGAA